AUGGCCUGUCACCCAGUAAAUGACAUACGGUGGAUUUUCAGAUCUCUUGCACCUCCAUUGGACACCGAGACAUAUGUGCCUGCUUUGCACACUGUGCACAAGGCUUCCCAUUUGUCUCGACCCGGUCUGAAAGCCGGGAAACUCUUUAGUAAUUCGUCGGUAAACGAGCACUUGCGCUUCGGCAUGUUGCUUGCGUUUGAGCACUGGAACGCCACAUCUGCGAUGGAAAACUUAACCCUGGGUACAAAUACUUCAGAAUGUUACUCCAUUGACAGUUCAUCCAGGAGGAGGCCGUUUCUGUUUUUCUACCUGGCUAUCAUCAUCACUGCCAUCCCGUCCAACGCCUUCUUCCUUUAUGUGUCCUGGCAACACAUUAGACAGAAGAACGAACUUGGUGUGUAUCUAUUCAAUUUGGCCCUGAGUGACCUGACCUUCACUAUCGGCCUUUCCCUGUGGCUAGACUUUCUAUGGAAAGGAGUUUGGGCCCAUGGUGGCUACGCAUGUGUGCUAUCUAUCUACUCUCUCUUCACUAACUUUUACACCAGUGAUGCUCUCCUCUGCUGUAUUGCUGUUGACCGCUACUUGGCAGUGGUUCACCCAUUAAAGUACACUUCCUUUAGGAAAGUUGGCACUGCAGCAGCAGUCAGCGUUGCCAUUUGGGUGUUGGUGGUCUCCUUCAACGCAAGCACCAUCACAUGGGAGGACUCAUACCAUGAAAACAACAAGUUCUCACUGUGCUUUGAUGUCUUUCUACCGAUAUCAGAGAACUUGGCUCGGGCUAACGUAGCACGCUUUAUCUUGGGCUUCAUUGUUCCCUUUCUCCUAUUGGUGUUUUCAACCUGGGGGAUCUGUGAGGCAGUGAAAUCCAACAAGGCCACAGAGGAACAGGAACGUAAAAGGAUUUUGAAGCUGCUAACAGUAGUUCUGCUCUCCCUUUUGUUCUGCUUUGGACCUAUCCACUUCAUGAUGCUCCUCCGCACAGUAGUUGAUUACUCUUGCAGGAAUCUUACAUGGCUCCUUUAUCCAUACAAGCUAAGCAUAGCUAUCUCAAGCCUCAACUGUCUUGCAGACCCUCUCCUUUACUGCUUCAUUACUAAAACAGGGAAGGCAAAUGUCAAUCAAGUUGUUCUCUUCUUCCAGGUAAAGAAGAGGAGCAGAGAUGAAGAAGUAGUGUAG